GGGUAAAAUAGGCAUAAAGGGUAAGUGGACAACUAUUGUUAGAUGGAACGGAGUAUAAGAACACACUAGCUCAUUCUGAACUCACUAAGGACUAGAAAAUUAACUUCACACAUGCUGACUAUUAUAUCUAUAAGCAUAUAAGGGAUCAAAGUUUUGAUAAACCAAAAGAAAAAACUCAUGGACUCACCUCAUAAGCCAAGAUCUUUUUCCCCUAAUCUGUUCUUUUUCUUCCUUCUUGUGUCCUCAAAUCUUCUCACUUUUUUCAUUUCUAACACUUUUAAGCACUCUUCUUGUUAUCUAUACCAACAAACAUAUAAUUCCAUUGAUACUGAUUCAUCACUUAAUACUGAUAUCCCUUUGGUUGUUCAGCCUGCAGAAACUAGAGAUGAUGAUAUUCAAGCAUCUGAUUUAGACCUUCCAUCUGAGCUCCGUGCUUUCGCAUCUCCACAUAAACUACCAUUUGGAUUCAGCACAAACUUUGAUUCUGAUAGUAUCAUUCCUCCGGUUGGGCACCCAUGCACCAGAUUUCCUGAUUUACUUCGUCGUUACAUGUCAUACAGAGUCAAUGGUUCUUGCCCUGAUGAUGAGAUCCUAGGACAGAAGCUGCUUCUCAAAGGUUGUGAGCCUCUCCCUCGACGCAGAUGCCGUCCUGCUGCUCAACAAGAAUAUGUUGAGCCUUACCCUCUUCCUGAGAGUUUAUGGACUACACCAUCAGAUUCAUCUGUUGUUUGGACAGCAUAUACUUGCAAAACUUAUGAAUGUCUCAUCAACAGGGUGAAAUCACAGAAAUCAUUUGAUGAUUGCAAAGACUGCUUUGAUCUCAAUGGCAGAGAGAAAAAACGAUGGUUGUCGACAAAGGGAGCUGGCCUUGACUUCUCUAUUGAUGAAGUGCUAGCAGUGAAGAAGCCUGGUACAAUCAGAAUAGGACUUGACAUUGGAGGUGGUGUAGCUACGUUCGCUGUAAGAAUGAGAGAAAGGAACAUAACAAUAUUAACAACUUCUAUGAAUCUCAAUGGUCCUUUCAAUACAUUUAUAGCAUCAAGAGGAGUCAUACCUUUGUACAUAAGCAUUUCACAGAGACUUCCUUUCUUUGACAACACACUAGAUAUAGUCCACUCAAUGCAUGUGUUGAGUAACUGGAUACCAUCAACACUGCUCCACUUCUUGUUUUUCGACAUCUAUAGAGUGCUUCGGCCAGGUGGGCUGUUCUGGCUUGACCAUUUCUUCUGUGUUAGAGAGCAAUUUGAGCAAGUCUAUGCUCCCCUUAUAGAGAGCAUUGGGUUCACUAAGGUCAAGUGGGUCGUAGGGCGAAAGUUGGAUAGAGGACCCGAGCUGAAUGAGAUGUAUCUUUCAGCACUGUUGGAGAAACCACUCAAGAAUUCUUGGUGACAGUAUUUAGAUGUUUCUUUUACUUUAAGAAACAGAAGAAAAGGAGGGAUCUUUCAGCACUGAUGUUUUUUCUUCUUUUUUAUUUUUUAUCAUCGAUUCAUUUUAGAUGACAUCUCCAGAUAUAAACUAACAGUUUGAGGUAACUUGAGUAUGAGUUUGUAAUGUUUGAGGACUAAACCCUGGUUAGCUUUUGAAUUUGCUGGUGAUAAUGCCAAAAACCAGAUUCCUUAUUCAGAGCAUAAGAUUUUACUCUUUCAUAUUGAAACUCACGAGGAAAUGAUCUCUUAUGACUACUUACAAAUUAAAUAGAAGAAACAGACCUUUUCAGAUCUCUCUUAUGUGUAAAAAUGAAGAUCUCUCGUAAAAAGGGAUAUAAAACUAAAAACAAAUUUGUAAAGGACUACAAAACCAAAUCUUCUUGUUCAUGGAUGAAGCACCCAUAUUGAAUAUGUGAAAUUGGACACAUAGGUCAAUUAGGUCAUUGCAAUUUGAGAAAACCAUUUCCAAACAAAAGUUAGAAAAAAGUGUUCUUUAAAGCCAAAAGAGCCGAAAAGGAUCAAUUCUGGGAAUUGAAGUUAAAAGUGAGAAGCAGCACACAGUUUACAAACAAAUUAAGAGUAUCUUACAUGUAUGGAUACUAUAAUAAUCAAGUCAAUAUUAAAAUAACUAAUUCCAGCAUCAAUGUACAAUAAUGUCAAUACUAAUCCAACCCCUCCAAGCUGAGAUUCAAAAGAAUCGGAAGGCUGGAUCAUUUGGCGUGUCGUUGUUAGUCGAAGCGAUGACUUUUAACUCUGUAUAUAUUACUUUGUCCAAGAAGGAAUAACAUCAAGGAGUUAGAAUAUAGAAAAAGGAAAGCUUGGAAUUGGUUUGACCUAUGGACACCACAAAAAGACAAUAGCAUAUGACAUAGCACAUUGUUUUGUCUAUUGGUAAGCUAACCAUCACUUUCAUGGGGUUGCCAAAAAUUUCAACCCAGUAAAAGAGGCAGCACGGUGCGUUAGCAGGUUCCGGGGGAAUAAACACUAAAAGAGUAAUAUAAGAAUAAUUUUGAAGUU